CGAGGCAACGCCACGACAGCCGGGUCCCGUUAGUGGACGCGGACUAGAGACCCUUGAUUCAGCCACCUCCAGGCGAGCCCCACAGAGUCCCAUCCUGCCUCUUCGCCCGCGUGAGAGUCCACAGAGUCUCUGCGGAAGCCACCAGCAUGUCCGCCGAGGCGAGAGCACCAACCUCAGCCUCACCCAGGACCCCGCGUCCCGGGAUCCAGAAGUCGUCUGGUGCAGUGACCAAGAAGGGGGAUCGCGGGACCAAGGAGAAGCCGGCGACCGCCCUGCCGCCAGUGUGCGAGGAAGAGCCCAAAAAUCCUGAGGAGUACCAGUGCACCGGCGUCCUGGAGACAGACUUCACCGAACUCUGCACGCGGUCGGGCUACACGAAGUUCCCCAAAGUGGUCAUCCGGCCCUACCCGCACUCGCCCUCCGACUCCUCCUCCGUGUCGUCAAAGACCACCGUAGAGGAUCAGCUGCUGUCGAGAUCCUGCAGCCUCAACAGCUUAGAGAGCAAAUAUGUGUUCUUCCGGCCCACCAUCCAGGUGGAGCUGGAUCACGAAGACAACUCCUUGACAGAAAUCUACAUCCGCGGCUGGAAGCUUGAGGAGCAGAUCCUGGGUAUCUUCUCUAAGUGUCUGCCCUCUCUCAGCCAGCUGCAGGCCAUUAACCUGUGGAAGGUGGGGCUGACUGAUAAGACCCUGACCAUGUUCAUCGCCCUCCUGCCUCUCUGCUCAUCCACGCUCAGGAACGUGUCUCUGGAGGCGAACCCGUUGCCGGAGCAGUCCUAUCACAAGCUUAUGGCAGUGGACAGCACGAUCGCGCACCUGUCUCUGCGGAACAACAACAUCGACGACUACGGGGCGCAGCUCCUGGGCCAGGCUCUGGCCACGCUGCAUAGCUGCAACCGCACCCUGAUGUCGCUCAACCUGGCCUUCAACCACAUCGGGGACGAGGGCGCGGGCUACAUCGCCGACGGCCUCCGGCUGAACCGCUCCCUGUGCUGGCUGUCCCUGGCCCACAACCGCAUCCAGGACAAGGGCGCCCGGAAGCUGGCCGAGGUCCUGCGCCCCUUCGAGCUGACGCACGCCGAGGUGGUGCAGCGCCGGCGCCUCCUGCUGGAGAAAGGGUCGCAGGAGCGAUCGCGAUCGCCCUCCAGCUCUCGACAUGGGGACUCCAAAACAGAACGUGAGAAGAAUCAGCUGAUGGGGGUCAGCAGUUUUGCACUGAUGGACAAGACAGACAAGACACAGACAACGAAGACCCCCAGGGGCCUGGGCAAGAAAAAGGAGAAGUCGGGGGAAGUGGUGAAGAAAGAGGAGAAGACAGGGUCUGGGCAGUCCCCCAUACAAGGAACCCCGAAGAAAGAAGACUCCACAAAGGCAGGCAAGGGGAAGGUAACCAUCCCUGAACAGAAAGUAAGCAAGGGAAAAGGACCCAAGACUGGGAGCAAAGAGAAGCGCAGCAUCCUCCAGGAAUCAGAGUAUUCUGCCUUAGAAGCUACUGAGAUGGUCAACCCUCUCCUGGAACCCGUGGAGCACCGAGAUGGGAAAGUUUUCAUGCCUGGAAACAAGGUCCUUUCCCACCUCAACCUUCUCAGAAACCGCAUCACGGAGGUGGGGCUGGAGGCCUUCCUCGCCACGGUGCAGUAUCAGGCACAGUUCUUCAAGUCCAAGACAGCAUCCAAGGGCCCUGUGGGACCGCUGUGGCUGUGCCUGGAGAAAAACUGCUUCUCCCCACAAUGUCCUGCGUACCUCAUGAUCCAGAAGCUGACGCUGACCAGCGACCCCAACAGUAAGGCCAAGCACAGGGAGGAGGCAGCCACCACUGCCUCCACCUAGCCCCAGGCCCCCACCUUCUUCCUGGAGAUUCUGGGCCAUGGAAGCAUCUCCUUUCCACGUGUGGACUGGACCUCCAUGGGGAGAU